AUGGUCCUGUCAACAAAGGAAGGAAAGCUAGCUGCUUUUUUUCAUAAUAUACGAGACUUCUUUCCAUCUUCCAUUGGUAUAUUUAUUGCAGUAACGCUGAGCCUGAUCCUAUUUUUUGCCGCACUCGGGACAACUAUUUUGUAUAUUCAGAGAUCAGGAACAUCACGUGCUGUAGUAAAAGCAUUUAAGAAGAUUAAGGAUUUUAUGAUAAAAAAGGAACCAUCUCUCAAAGGCAAGAAUGGUAAGCAAUGGGUCUCAGUCUGUGCAUUCAGGACCACGCUUCCGCCCUGCGCAAAUGCUGAAAUAUUACGUGAAACUCAGAAGUUAGCAGACAAACUGGUUGACUUGAUCAUCAAUGUGACUGAAAUAGAAGAUGAAAUUGAGGAUAUUAGUAAAAAGCUUCAUCAGCAAUGGGUGCUGUACAAGGAAGUCUUAUACCUAUUUGAAGAUAGAACGAAGCCAUGGCACAAAGCAAUAACAGCUUGUGAGGAUGAAAAAUCCAUGCUGAUUACUAUCGGAAGUCUUGAAGAGGAGGAGUUUCUAGAAAGAGAAACCAAUACUGCACAUCAAGACUCGUGGAUUGGUCUCCCUUAUAAGGAUGGGAAAUGGCAAUGGUAUAACGGUAUUGAUGUUGGAACCACUUACUGGAAGGCAGGUAUGCCGCAUGAUUUAGAUAACAAACCCUGUGCCAUCCUAAAAGCACAUUGCUCUACCCCCAAAAAAUGCUGGGAAAACAUUCGCUGUGAUAAACAAAGACGAUGGAUAUGUAAGAAGAUGCCUGAUAAAAGGUGGUACACAUGAAAUCCUUGAUGAAACUGGAUUGCAUGAGCUCUAUGCUAAAAACAAAGACAGUGGAUCGAUCCCUGCUUUUAAAAGUCAGCUGUCCGUGUUAUGGAAUCAGGGCAUGGGAGAGCUCAACCCUCUGCUGUCAACAAUCGAAAGCACCUUGUCAGUAUUCCUUCCUCAGGUCUAGAAGAAGAGAUCAUAUUUUGCAACCUCAAAGACUUGGACCUCCAAGAAAAUAAAGCAUGGAAGAAUUCAGUCCUAACUGGCUUCUGUACUUCCAAUAAAUUAAUUUAGCAUAAUGUUACAGGUCUAGAGUUAGUGAAUGUUAGAAAUUAAUAAAAUGGUGGAAUUCAGGUAAUAUUGGGGACAUUGAGGGGAAAAUACAGGCCACAGCAGGUUUCCUGAACUGUGCCAAACAUGGAAAUUCCUGGGUUUAGCCUCUGCAAACUAACC